UCACAUUGGGAUUUAGGAACAUGGCCAGUUCAGAUGCAUAUGUGUUGAUUAGUCGUAUCUGUUGGUCAUAUAUUUAAAAUCUUAAUAAUUAUCAAGCAAAAAAAAAAAAAGGUAAAAUAUGUCAUUUUAUCAACCAGCUCUCUACAUGUUUCAGUGAGUGGACAUGAUGGUGUGGGAGGUGGUGACUCCAGCUGUGCUGCCAAGUGAUCCCAAAUAUCACAACCUGCAGGAGGCCGAGCCUCAGGCUGAACACACAGGAAUGGUGAUGGAUACAGAUGGAGACCAAUCACAUGAUCCGCUCCGCUGUGACGAACACUUCCCAUCCUCGCCCGACUUCCCCACCAGCGAUAGUUACAUGGAAUAUGACGACCUCCCCGAUCUACAGGAGGUUCAAGAAGAAGCAACAGCAGCACCUGUUUACCAGGUGGAGGUGGGUGUGUCGCACCAGGAGCGACGCGCACACACACAAGCACACAACUCGCAGCCUCCGGACACACACUGGCUGACACAACUGGCACACAUCGCCACUGGACCUCAGAGCCCACUGCUACAGGAAUCUCCUCGCAGCAGCUCGUCUUCAGUCUGCAUCCCCAGCACCAGCAGUGAUCUACACUCCUACGCUCGGCCUCCUCCUCCUCCUCCUCUCCCCAGCAGCACCUUGUCGUCCCCCAGGGGUCACCUCAGGGAGCGUCGGCGCAGCAGGAAGAGCAGUGAAUGUGGCUCUGCAGUGUCAACCAGAUCCUCUCUGUCUGAUGAUGAGGACAUGGGCUGGAGCUUCUCCUGCCCACCAACUGCCUGGCACUGCUUCCUCAAAGGAACUCAUCUGCGUUUCCACAGUGGCUCUAAUGUGGAGUGGCAGGACGCUGAAGACUUGGAGGAAGACGCUGCUGAUGAGGAGCAGUCCAGAUUUCUGAAGAGUUAUGGCUCUGAGGGUCUCCAGCUGGUGGAGCAUGCAGAGAUCGUUUUGUCUGGCGAGGCUGUCCUACAGCUGACUUUUGACCCCGGGGCAUUUGGAUGUACCCCCAUGACCGCCCACUGCCACCUUGAUCACCCCUUCUAUGUCAAAAACAAAGGGUGGUCGUCAUUCUACCCGAGCCUGACUGUGGUGCAUUAUGGGAUACCGUGCUAUGAAAUGGAAGUAGGAGAUGUGUGCCUUCCCCCUGGACACAGAGAUGCAAAGCACACGGAUGAUUCACUGGUCUUUGACACAUUCAGAAGUUAUGACUUCACUCCUCUGGACUCGUCUGCGGUUUACGUGCUGAGCAGUAUGGCCAGACGGCGACACGUCUCCCAGUCCAGCAGAGAAGCUGUUUCUCCAGACAGAGACGUGUUACAAGACCCGCACAGUCCCAGUCAUUCCCACUCCAGUCAGCAGAAGGCAGCCAGAGGUCGGCCUGUCGGCACACAAGGAGGCAACGCUGCCACGCCAACCAAGUGCAAGCGGCCAAUGAACGCCUUCAUGCUGUUUGCCAAGAAGUUCAGAGUGGAGUACACACAGAUGUACCCAGGCAAGGACAACAGAGCGAUCAGCGUCCUCCUCGGUGAGCGGUGGAAGAAAAUGCGAAGUGAGGAGCGUCGCACAUUCACAGUACAGGCCAAAGCACUCGCAGACGAGCAGAAAAGACUCAACCCAGACUGCUGGAAACGCAAACGAACCAACUCUGGUUGUCAAGGAAAUUAAGGCUGCAGAAAAGAACAGAGGACAACUGACAGUGCCUUUAGGAGUACAAACACACACACACACACACACACACACACACACACACUCCCACACAUAUUCAGAAAUGACCAGGAAAAAAGAGCUAUGCACAACCCACUACUAUGCUUCAGCACUAUAUUUUGUGUUCAGCACUAUAUUCUUACAAAUCUUGUCACAGUAGAAUAUGAGCAACAGCCUCUGCUUUAGCAAACACUCGAAGCUGCUCUCAAAACAUGUCACUUCUCUUUUUCUUGCUUUUCAAAGGUGCUACAUGUAACAUUUUUAAGUGCUACAAAUGAUUAUUUGUUUAUUGGAAUUCUAUCAAGGUGUUAACUGUUGACUUUUAAUGCUGUAGAGCACCGUGGUGUUUCCUACUAGAGAGCAUUUUUCCAAAUAAAACUACAAAGCAGAUCAGCAGGUUUUUAGUGACAGCUGGAGUUCACCUCCACGCAUAAUUUUACAGCAAUGUGACAAAACAAACAAAAAAAAAAUACAAGAGACUGAUUCAUUUCAGUUUCUCACUAUAUGCUUGAAACAGGUGGAAGAUGUGGUGAUGUAACCUUUUAGCCAAAGUAGAGAAUGUAGCUUUUCUCCCAAAAUUAUAUAUUAUACAAUAAGAAAUAUACAAUUUAUAUUUGUGCCUGUAUUAUUUGUACUUGUACUCAGUGUUAUUACACAAGACUUAUAAUAUUUUAACUUUGCUUUCAUUUAAUUUAUCAUGUAGUGUUUAGUUAAUAAACUAAUGUAUACCAUACGUUCUUAAAUAGGGGCCUGGGUUUUUAUUCACCUCACUUUAACAGAGAAUAAGGUCUUUAUUAGACACAACUGUGUUUAUUUUGUUUUUCUUGUAUUUUAGUAAGAAGUUUUCUUGAGUAGUUUUUCCCAUUAAAAGUAACUUGUGGAGUUCCAUUCAGUGUUUUACUCCAUAAAACCUAUUAUGUACGUCCUGGAGGAAAUGUUAGGUGCAGAUUCUUCCUCAAAAAACAUUUGUAAAACCAGUUUUAAGGCACUUUGGAUUAUUACUACCACGUUUCACCAGCCAUUGGCAGGACUGGCCAUCAUGUCACAAGUGUGUUAGAGAUAAACAAAACUAGACUCUACGAAAGGUUAAAAACUCCACAAGAAUCCCCCAGAAUAUUCCACUAUUUAAGGCUGUUAUUUUGAAAUAUUAAAAAGGGCUGAAUUCCUCUGUUUGAGGGAUUUGGAAUUAAUACUGUUGAAAUGUUGACUAUGAAACGUGCCAGAUUUUAUCAGUAAUUGCAUCAUUUGAGAAUCUGCAGUCACUUAAUAUCAUCAGGAAUUCCAUAAAUUCAAAUAGGAGUACAUUAGGAGGGUGUACAUUAAACUGUCAUUCUAGCUCAGGCAGCACGAUGAAGUAGAGCUUUGAUUUGGAUUUUUCAGCUAUAAUUACCUACACUGCUAAAGAGUCAGACAGUGCCUUCUCACAGCAUCUGUGAGGGAAGACAGAGAACAUACUUUUCAGUUUUUUAGAUUUUAACAUCUCUGUGUGCCAUAAUAAUAAUAAUAGUAAUUUUUAGCUUUGUUGUAUCAAAGUAUAAUGAAAGACAAGUGAGGGCUGAUGAGUGUUCUUGUUGCUCAAAGCUUUUUUUACAGCAUUUCCAGAAAAAAAUGCUCCUACUGAAGCAGUUAACUACCAUAGGCAUGAGACUUUUUUUGUUUUCUUUGUCCUGUUCUUUGAUAACAGCAGCAGCUCCCACUCCCACUCUCUAGCCACUGUCAGGCAGGUAGUGUGCACACUGAGAAAAAUCGAAACAUUUAGUGACACAUGUGACGGAAAUUGAACCAAACUGAUACGGUCAGUGGUGAACAAUUACUGUGAACAUUUGGUGGCGUUCACUGAACCAGAGUGGACUUUGCUAGUCAUUCAGUAUGAUCAGGAAUCAGAGCACAAUACAAAGUUUUGUGUUGUGUUGUUUUGAUUUUUUGGUGUCAAAAAGAAGCAAAAUAGUUUUUCUUUGAAUCUCUUUGGAUGUGAUCACAUGUUCUUGUUAACGUUAAAGACAGAAGAAAUGUUUGCAUCUUGUUCCCUAGAGGUUUAGGCUGACUUUGAGUUUGAAUUAAAAAGGAAUAUUAUGCAAAAAGAACACGAUUUGCCUGAAAAAGAGCCCUCAAAAUUAUACAAGCCUUGUUUGACAUAUAAGGAAAUACCGUUCAAAAGUUUGGGAACAGUAGUGUACAUGUUGGAUUAUUUUUCGGAGAUGAUUGGUUAAACACUGCUGUCACAAUUUGGAUGAGGUAAUAUAACUGCUUUUCCUGGUAAAACAAGACCGAGGGCUGUGCAAAUGUUAUCUCUAAUUAAAAAAUUUAAAAAAAUCUGCCUUGGUAAUGUGAUAUUACCUCAAGUGCAUGUAAACACACCCACUGCAAACAUCUUCUGGAAUUCAGCAGGUACAUGGGAACCCAGCUGUGUGAAGCUUUAGAAAUGUCACUUGAUUUGAUGAGAGUAGGUGUGUGUAGAUUUAUCAUCCAUGCAAAGUGCAAAGGCAGGAUGGGAAAAGCCUUUAAAUACCCCCAGGGUGGGCACUCAUAUUCUCACUGCAUAACGAGGUUUAUUCUUAAUGCACUAUAUACACUUUAUCUUAUGUGACUGCUACAGUAUAAUGUGUAAUGACAAAUAUUAAAAUGAUUAUAUAGAAAUAUAUAUUUUUUGGUUUGACUUAAUCUUUGGAAACAUGCUUCCUUAUCAUGUCAUGUACAGGUCGAUCAGGGGAGACAAUGCAAUACAGUGUAUGACAGUGAAAAUAAAAGCAUGAUAAAUCUG